AUGACUUUGAAAAGGGCUUAUAUUUUAAUUGUUUGCAUGCUGUUUUACUUUUCCUUCCUAUGUGUUGAAGCAGGAUGAUCCAAAAAGUUGCAUAUAAAACUACCUAAUGAAGAUGAUGAUUACUUGGGGAAAUUAAUUAAAAUCUCGAAGGACAUAUGGGGAUAUACACUAAAUAAUAAAUUGAAGAUUACGAAAAUUUUAACUACAUCACUACUUUCAGCGUACUCAUUUAAUUGUCUAUACCAUUCGGGUCUUACCUUUCAGAAGAAUCCACAUUAUUCAUUUUUUGUUCCAUCAAACAGUUAUGUAAAGAAUUGCAUUAUUAAAAAGAUAAAGAAAAAUUAUAAAUUUAAAAAGUAUCUAUUUCAAGAAGAUAAAAUAUUUGAACACACUUUUGACACCACUUCUGAGAACACCAAAAUGGUAGUAACUUCUGUUGUAAAUAAUUUAAUAAAUUUUUUAAAUUUCAUACCUACUAGAAUAAGAAAAACAUUUAUAUAUGAAUUUUCGAAGCACAAAGAGUUUAAAAAUGUGGAAAUUUUGUUUAAUUACAUCAAACUAGUAAAACAUGAAGAACAAAUUUUAAUAUUCCAUGGAAAAUUGAAAAAACACUACUGGAUACAUUUGCCUUUAAAAUAUCAUAUACAAAAAUCGAAGGAUGGUUCUAUCCACACAUUAAUAUUUGUUCCAUUGUACAAAUAUUAUUCUAAUUAUAUUAUAGAAAUGAAAUUAAUAAAAGAGAAUAAUAACAUAAAAUUUGUCACCACUAUUAAGUCUACAGGAGAAAAGGAUGAAAAAAAAAAAAAUACCUUUUACUUAAAUGUUAUCAAUAAUAUUGCCAUGUAUUUAUCAUAUGAUGUUUUUAAAGGAAUAAAUAAUAACAUCCAUGUAAUGUAUAGAAGAAAUACAAAAUGUGAUAAAAUGAGCUUUUUAAGAUCGAAUGAUAUUUUGAAAAGGAAAAAAAAUGAAAAUUUGAAAUACAUUGCCCCUCCCAUUUUUAUCCCACAGAAUUUUAAAAUAAAACGGAGGUAA